UUCUCGCGAGACUGCAAACAACUCAGCUUCUGCGCAUUACAAGAUACAGGGAAUCAAGGCGCCAAGGGAGGGGGAGGGGAAGGGGGCAGACGGUGCAAACGGCGUGGCCGCCAUCUUGUUUGUGCCCCCGCUUCGCGCGCGCUCCGUUCUCCGUGACGCACGCUUCCCCCUCCCCUCCGCCGUGCACAGGCCUCUGCAUUGCCCGACUCCGCAGGAGCGCGGGGGCGGCUCCUGCUCUUUCCUGGACUCCUGAGCAGAGGCGUCAGGUAUACAAAGGUACCACACCGGCAGUGGUGUGCAUCUUCCUCCGUUGACUGUAGCAGUUUGUGUGGCCAGUUUUGCUAAGAUCAGGCCUGUCCAUGGAUCCAUACCAUGAAAGUUGUCAAAAUGUCCACAGAAGGAGGAUUUGGUGGUACUAGCAGCAGUGAUGCCCAGCAGAGCCUCCAGUCCUUCUGGCCUCGUGUCAUGGAAGAAAUCCGGAAUUUAACAGUGAAAGAUUUCCGAGUACAGGAACUCCCACUGGCUCGUAUUAAGAAGAUUAUGAAACUGGAUGAAGAUGUGAAGAUGAUCAGUGCAGAAGCCCCUGUGCUCUUUGCCAAGGCAGCCCAGAUUUUUAUCACAGAGUUGACUCUUCGAGCCUGGAUCCACACAGAGGAUAACAAGCGCCGGACUCUACAGAGGAAUGAUAUCGCCAUGGCAAUUACAAAAUUUGAUCAGUUUGACUUUCUCAUCGAUAUUGUUCCAAGAGAUGAACUGAAACCUCCGAAGCGUCAGGAGGAGGUGCGCCAGUCCGUGACUCCUGCCGAGCCCGUCCAGUACUAUUUCACGCUGGCUCAGCAGCCCGCCGCCGUCCAAGUCCAGGGGCAGCAGCAGGGCCAGCAGACCAGCAGCUCCACAACCACCAUCCAGCCCGGGCAGAUCAUCAUCGCGCAGCCUCAGCAGGGCCAGACUACACCCGUGACCAUGCAGGUGGGAGAAGGUCAGCAGGUGCAGAUUGUUCAGGCUCAGCCCCAGGGUCAAGCCCAGCAGGCCCAGAGCGGCACUGGACAGACCAUGCAGGUGAUGCAGCAGAUCAUCACGAACACAGGGGAGAUCCAGCAGAUUCCGGUACAGCUGAACGCCGGCCAGCUGCAGUACAUUCGCUUAGCGCAGCCUGUAUCAGGCACCCAGGUCGUGCAGGGACAGAUCCAGACACUUGCCACCAAUGCUCAACAGAUCACGCAGACAGAGGUGCAGCAAGGACAGCAGCAGUUCAGCCAGUUCACGGAUGGACAGAGGAACAGCGUGCAGCAAGCUCGAGGCUCUGAGCUAACGGGAGAGGCAGAGCCCAGAGAAGUGAAAGCCACAGGAAAUGCAACUCCCUGCACCUCUUCCCCGCCCACCACACACACCCCCUCCCACGGGGCCGGAGCCUCCUGCGUCUGCUGCUCCCAGCCCCCGCAGAGCUCCACAUCCCUUCCUCCCUCCGACGCCUUACAGUGGGUGGUGGUUGAGGUAUCUGGGGCCCCCGACCAACUUGAGGCCCAUAGGGAGCUGCAUGCCCCUCUCCCAGGGGUGACCUCACUCUCUCCUCUCCACCCCUCGCAGCAGCUCUACCAGAUCCAGCAAGUCACCAUGCCUGCCGGCCAGGACCUCGCCCAACCCAUGUUCAUCCAGUCCGCCAACCAGCCCUCGGACGGGCAGGCCCCCCAGGUGACCGGCGACUGAGGGCCUGAGCUGGCAAGGCCAAGGACACCCAACACAAUUUUUGCCAUACAGCCCCGGGCGAUGGGCACAGCCUCCCUCCCCAGAGGACCCGGCCGACCUCCGCGCCUCCUGCAGGCUAGGACACUGGUGCACUACGCCCCACGCCUGGGGGCCGAGAUUCUCCAACAGAACGAUGCAAUAUUUUUUAUUUCCUUUUUUUCCAUUUUUUCUCCAAGGAAUCAAUAUUUCAAUAUGUUGAGCUGUGUGUCCAAUGCUAUGAAAUGAAAAUAUUAAAUAUUUAUGGCAUUUUCUUGAAGAGUGUGGUUGAAGAAAUAUUUCUUUUGUUUUCCUUUUUUUGGAUUCUUACCGCCACUUCUUUUCAGGAGCAAAUCUCCUCAGGGGGGCACGCUAUCUCCUGACCCUUGGAACAGCUCCCGCCCCCAGGAUUUGCCACCUUGUUCUGCCCUCAGAUUGAGUAGGUGACCACGUAGCUUCCUCUUCACUAGUGGUCCUGUCC